CACCAGCAGUUCUGUGGUCAGCACCUUGUAUUUAAACUGCUCUGCAGACUGCAAGCCCAAACUCAGACUCAGCUUUCACACAGAAGGAAGUGACACAACAAAGAGCAAUGGUCUGCAGAGUGAUUCUUCUUGCACUGCUCACAGUAUGCAUAGCUUCUGCAGUAGAUGUUUCAGGGCACAGUGGUUCUCGAUGUUUGUGCCGCAAUGCACAGGAAGGUUUUCCUGUCAGACGCAUAAUCAAAGUUGAAAUUAUUCCUCGGAGCAGCUCCUGUGACAAUAUUGAGAUCAUUGCUACCUUGAAAAAUGGGAUUCAAAUGUGUUUGAAUCCAGAGGCUCCAAGAGUACAAAAAGCCCUCGGCCAGUUGAUGGAAAAGAACAACUCCAAACCAACUCCAACUAUCUGAAAGUCUUCACUGAGAUCCCAAUGAAGAUUCAAUGGAAAAGGCACCUCCCCUUGAUUAUUACACAGCUACCUUCAUUAUUUUUUUUAAUAUUUCUAAUAUAUUUAAUUGACGUUAAAAAGAACUGAGUUUAUAUAUAUAUAUAAACACUUUGUUGUGUUUUCUCUGUGUGCACUAUAGGCCUAUAUAUUGUAAGCGAAGCUUGCUUAUUGCCUUCUAAUAAAGUUUUAAAACUGAACAUUGUUAGAGAUUGUGUAUUUUUCUUAAUUUAGACACUGCCCUCUACUGGGUAAAUGGUGAAAAUCAUUAUAAAAUUAA